UCCCCUGCCUCUUCUCUAUAAAGAAAGAAACGUGAAGCCGUAGCCUCCUCCGCGUGAGUCUUUCCUUCUCAGCACCACAGCCUCUUCCAUUUCUCUCCUCUCCUCGUAUUCUUCUACACGCCACAGCUGCCCACCAUGGCAGCCGCUCGCCGGAGACGUCCGUCGGACUUAGAUCCCACCGCCGGUCCGGCGGCCGGCUGUUCACGCGGCGGGAGCUUGCGCUAUGAAGCGGCGUUCGGCUGUUCCCUACGCGGCUCUGGCCCAUCCGCUCGCCGGAGUCUUCCCCUGCAGGCGUGAGAUCUCAUCUGGUAGCCAUCUUCCCGCUGCGCACGCCAGCCCGGCCGUUGCUGGUGGCACGGUGCUGUAUCUUCGCCAGCGGUCAGCAGGUCCUGCGGCAGUGGCUGGCGCCACCCAGCGGCGGCCAGCCGUUCCUGCCGGAACCCAGCGGAAAACGUCGAUCAAGACGGCGUCGGCGGUGCAGAUCCGCCGUGCCCCUGCCGGCCGGGUCUGUCCGGGUCGGCCCGAUAUGGCCGCUCGUCGAUCCGUUUCUCGCGGGUGCGACCCGGCAGCCGCGAGAUCCGUUGGUGACUCUGGUGCGACCCGGUAGCCGCGGGAUCCGUAGGCGACUCAGGUGCGGGCGGCACGCCGGUCCGGUCGCAUGGACCGGUGCGAGCUGCUCGUCUCUCCGGUCGGUCGGACUCGCACCGAGCCGCCGGUCGAGCCAGCUCCGCCACUUGGUGCGACCGACCGAUCGCCCGCCCGCUCUCCCCCAUUUCCGCCGCCGCCGCGCCUCACCCCUCUCAAGCCGGCCCCCAUGGGGAACCAGGUCGCCAAGGCGGAGAUCGGCACCGGCAAGAUGGAGGCAGAUCUGAUCGGCGCCGGGGUCGGGACCGGGAAGAUGGAGGCGGCUCCGGUCGGCGCCGGGGUCGGGACCGACGCGACGCAGAUCUCUGACCGAGGAGGAGCCGCUGGAGAUCACGUCUUACCAGCUCAAGGCGCUCGAGGAGGCGUCGCUCGACCUGGCGAUCAUCAAGCUGCGAGAAGCCUCGGACCUCUUCACUCCUGCGGGUCGCUUCGCUGCGGCGCGCCAGAUCUCCUACCUGCCGGAGCCAGAGCCGCUCUUUCCCAAGAUCGUCGAUUUGCUCAUGGCGGAAACCCAAAAGCAGGAAUUGAAGCAGGUUAAUCGCUCCAGGUCUCUACAGGGGUACUCUCGCUCAGCGUCGAGCUCUUCAGCGGGCAACCAGGCAGCACCUGCAGCUGGAUACGAGGAAUGUGGAUUCUCUGGCAAUGCAAGUUUACAGGGAGCUCAAGAAGACUGCUAUCCUGGGUGACAAGGUCCUGUCCCCAGUUGACGUGGCCAGGGUCCUGAAGGCUGAGGCCGAUGUCUCGGGCCUGCAUCCUAAUGACCUGAAGACGUGGAAGCUGAUAAAGGCCUGCACGGGAAACAUCAACAGCGUCUCUGGCGUGGUCAGUACUGCGGGUUCUGCUGGUGGAGCCAUAUGGACCCUACGUCAGUGGAACACGAGCUAUCCCAUGACUGAACUGCCUGAAGACUUCUUCUGGUAGAAGACUUGCCUUCGGUAGACUUCAGUUUGAUCCUUUUGCUAGAACAGUCCAGAGCCCUUCUUAGCUUGCCAGACCCCCCAUCAUGCCAGGCGUAGGUACUUUUUGCCAGACCUUGAUUUGGAAGCCUCAUUUUGCUAGACUGAUCUCUUUGUAGUUUGUCUAGACCCCAUUAUGCCAGACUUUGCCUCGUUUUGCAAGUAUUGUUUCAGAUAUGUAAGACAUGCUGCAGUUUUGCAUCCGUGAAACAUGGAGGUUUUAAGAA